AUGCAAAUCCAAGGCCGAGCGGAAGACCCAGGCAGAACCAUCUCUCUCUCCCUCCGAGACAACUACAACCACUGGGUAAUUCUGGACCCGGUCAGACAGAGACUCUACCUCAACAGCACCGGCAGGGCCCUCGACCGAGAUGUAAGUAUUCACACACUAUGACUAUUCAUAUGUUUCUCUGUGGGGUUUGGGUUCCUCUAAAAAAACAGUAGACUGCAGGUUAGCUAUACGUUUACAUUCCCUUAAUAUACAUCCUGCGGUAAAAUAAGCUCCACAGCAUACUGUAAGCAACAAACCUAUCCAUUCUUGAAAGAAAAGUACUGCACAUGCACUGAACUGUACACUUUGAACAGUGCACUGGAUAAAAGGUUUGGCUAAAUGGUAUAUGUUAUGUUCCAGUUUUAGAGUAGUUUAUGAUAAUUGCAGAGAUUAAAAGGUGGAAAAACAAAGCAUAUGUCUGAUCUGAAGCAUAACUUUCUUUACAUGUUCUACACAUCAAUCCCAGUCAUGUUCUUCAAUGUAAACCAGUUGAAAGGAGACUAAUGACUCUCUGUCCCCUGCUGUCCUUGGUUCCUUCUGAAACAAUACUUCUUCCUUCCUUUUAGCCCCCCUCCUACAUCCAUUCCAUCGUGGUCCAGGUUCAGUGCACCAACGAACUGGUCGGGAGCAUCAUUCUACACGAGGUGCGCAUCGUUGUGAGGGAUCGCAAUGACAACGCGCCCCAGUUCCAGAAGCCUCGUUACUAUGUCGCCAUAAAUGAGGUGAGACCCCCGGGACAGCCUAGUUAAAUAUUUUAUUACUAUCCAAGACGAUGUGUCUGACUCUAGCUCUGAGUUCACAGGCCACCAGUGAGCAGUAUCUCAUUACUUAGUAUUGAAUAUUUCAGUCUGUUCAACUUGAAUAGGGCCAUACAUUUUGGGAAAGGCUGUAAAAAUUUGAAAUAUUAGCCAUUGCUCAGUGACUGUGGACUGGUAGGUACCGGUAAUAACUUCAAAUCUAAUUAUAUAUAUGGAGCUUUUUUGACUGUUAGAAAAGAGACUAAGACUGGUCAUUAAAAUGACUGUAACGAUAGCUACUGUAGGAUCUUCCCAUAUCUUAUUCUGCUGAUUCUUUGUGUGGUUUAACAAUGGUGGCCCAUCCCACCCCUGGUACUGCAUGGGUCUCUGUGGUUUAACAGUGGGACCUCCAUGGGUCUUUAUGUGGUUUAAAAGUGGGACCUCCAUGGGUCUAUGUGGUUUGACAGUGGGACCUUCAUGGGUCUCUAUGUGGUUUAACAAGACAUUCUCGAUGGGCUCUGGGCAUAGAGGGCCAUAGAGCGGCUGGUGUCCCACUGAGGUGUCACACCAGGGUCCAAAGUAGCUACAUGGUGAUUUUGCAGCUUUUCCCUAAUUGAAAAAGGGUCCCCUGAGUGUCGCCGUGGUAGAUUGAGCUCAUUAGCAAGCAGCCUUGCAGAGUAGCAGACAUAGAAGACAGCCCCUUCAGAAGCUUCUGGAAAUGGUUGCUUUCAUUAUUCUGAUCUAUAGAUUUAUUUUCACAGAGUUUGAAAUGUUGGUAACACUUCAUUUAGAUAGUUCAUUUGUAGAUGCUCUACAGACUAUCAGUAACAUUUCAACUAACUAUCUACUAACCCUAACCCUAGCUCUAACCCUAACCUUAACCCUUACCCUAGCCCUAACCCUAAACCUAACCCUAACCCUAACCAUAACCCAAAUAGUUGCUUAUCAACAGAUAGUUUGUUGACAGUAUGACCAUCUGUAGAGUAUCUACAGGUUGAAAAUCCAGACUAUCCAAACAAAGUGUGACCGAAAUGUUCAACUGACACAGAGAUAAGGGGUCCAAUAGAAUGUAGUCUCCUGUCCAUCAGUCAACUGUUUAAGCCCACAUAGUGGAGAUCGACAGGGCUGUCAAAGCGGAGAGAUAUAGAUAAUGACAGUUAGAGUUAUUCACUGUUGAGAGAAGUAUGCUGUUGAGCUAAAGACAUCUGGUAAUGUGAGAUCUUGACUGCAUAAAGUGGACAUACUUGGCAUUACAGUACUAUAUGUCAUACAGUAUCUGGAGAUUUGCAUGUAUUCCAACCUUCUGCUCAAGUUGCAAGUGGGAUGAUGGGGAGUUAGUGAAUGCCAAUCAUGCUUAGCUAGCUGUAUGCUCUUGUGAGACCUUGACCCUGUUUAAAAAUGCCAUUAAGUACAUCUUUACCUGAGACUGGGAUCAAGAGUUAUAGUCAAGGCUGAAUCACUCACACUUGUUAAUCAGGCACUUACAGUCUUCAGAUGACAGCUCUAGAUAUACCUUAACCUUUCAACACCUUGUUAUCUCAUAUGGGGAGAAUAUUUUGGCCUCUCCUUGUGUAUCCCAAUAAAUACACUACUAAGACAUGCAGUAAUCCGCAAACACUUAACCCCUCAGUUGUUAGAUAUCUCCCCUGCCAUAUAUUGGUUAUUAAAUGCACUGUACACUUCUUUGUACUACAUUAAUUAAUUAAUUACAACGGCCUUCAUGCAUACAGUCUGUUACACAAUGUUUAUCAUUGAGGUGCUGAUGUGCAGACUAAGGAACGUGAAGGAGUGAUGUGCUCCCAGAGGUGUGGCUGGGCGGCACGGGGAGAGCCUUUCAUCCCAAUGAGGACAGACACCACGAUUCAUCAUGGUGUCUGUCCUAAAUAAUGUUAGCUCCUAAAUAAUGCAUGUAUUUCUGCGGCUAACAAAAUUGCAGAAUGGAUGGGUUGUAUGGCUGUUCCUAUUCUGUCGAAGACGACAGAGGAGAUUUAGAUUUUGCCAAUGGGAAACAUGAAAUCGUGCCUCUACUUUUCAUUACAGCACGUCUUUAGAAAUAACAUUUGGGGUCCCUGCUGUGGGUUUCUAUUACUUUUCGCCUAUUCGGGUCAGUGAAAACAUUUUACAGUACCAGUCAAACCAUACCUAAUGUCAGAAGUGUUUCGCUGAACUCCUAUCAUCCUCUUGUAUCUGACAUCUUUUGUGUGUUCAUGUUCCUGAAAAGUUUUGACAGAUAUAAGAGCAGCAGAGUAGCAUUUCAGGAGCUAAAAUACCCAGGUUUCCUUGGUGCUGCCAACAGGCACUAGACUAUUACCUUCUCUUCUCACAUCUGAUAGAGGUCCACUGUGGGGCUCAGGUAUGACAGCUGAAAGGAAGCAUUCUAGUGCUGUGAAUCACUAGCCCCUCUCAGAAGACCAAGAACAAGGCUUUGUUGGUGAUUGGCUGAGCUAGCCACCUCAGAAUGCAACAGGGAUUAUGUUGUUGCGCAACCAGUCACUUCAGACCUAACUAAUCCUGUUUUCACUGCAAUAUGCUUGUCUGUAAACAAAUCAACAUCAUGUUGGUUAGCGAUUUGGGAAAAAUUGAAACAGUUAUGUAUCACAAUAUUAUAAUGGCCGAUAUUAUCUUCACUUUUGUUUUUUUUGCUAGGUAGCGUUAGCUAGCGCUAUUGUCGACUGUACCUGCGACAAAACUCCAGUAUUUUUCAUCCUAAAGCUUGUUCUCCAUCUUCUUUUUAAAUAGUGAUCCAAUAUUGUUUUCAGCACUUUUGUUUCCAUGACUGAUCAAAACUAAUUUUCUCAUGCUCUCUCUUGUCUCUCUGCAGCAGACAUACAGCAAUAUGUUUGGAAUGUCAAAUCGCAAUAAAUUUGCAGUAUCGAAUCACAAUACAUAUAGAAUCGUGAGAAUUGCAAUACAAUAGUAAGGUCCCUGGCAAUUCCCAGCCCUAAUGUUGGUUUAGCCCUUACUGUAUGUCACACUCAGAAUGGCUGGUCGCUUAGCACAUGAAAACUGACACUUGCAUCUGUUUCAAGUGUGUAGAGACUUCUUUUUAUAGUUUGGAUCGUUAGCACUGUUAUAACGAUGCAAUAAUGUUGUCUUACAGUUGACCCCAGUUGGCACCACCAUCUUCUCCGGCUUCACUGGGAAUAAUGGAGCUCUGGACAUUGAUGAUGGCCCAAACGGACAGAUCGAAUACAUCAUCCAGUACAACCCAACUGACCCGGUAUGUUACAUCUCAACACUUACUGACUGACACAUCCAAUCUGAUUCUCUUUAAACCCACAACUGAUGGCAAUCACACUGCACAGCCUAAAAAGAUUGCUAGAGAUAUUAGAUUAUUACCGUAUUACUCAUAUCAUAGGUAGGGGUCCCAAAGCCACAAAUGUACUGUUGAGGCAAUCUCUACACCAGAGAUCUCUGCACCCGCUCUGGCAGACAAUGAGUGAGGCGAGGGGGAGCUUUUCUAAGUGGAGUGCACUCUUAACCCAGCGUACUGUAUCUCUUUGUGUCGCAGAUGGCCAACAGGACGUUUGACAUCCCUCUCACCCUUUCUGGCUCAAUGGUCCUGAGGGAGAGGCUCAACUAUGAGGAGAUCACUCGCUACCUGGUCAUCAUCCAGGCUAAUGUAAGUCUGUCUGUCUGUCUGUCUUUCUUUAUGGCUAUCUAGUCAUGAAAGUCUGUGCUUGUGUCUGGAAUGGACCCUAUUCGCAAUAUAGUGCACUACUUUUGGCCAGGGCCUGUCUGUCUGGGGUAAGCGAUGGACUCACCAAACACUGGAGCACUUACAUGGGUACAAGACUGUACAAUGUGUUUUUUUGAAUAGGGUAGAAAACCUUGAAGGAAAACGUUGGACCACUUUGUAAAUGCAUGUUCUUUUGAAAAAGAAGAACAACUUUUUCAGUUAAAAAAUAUCUUCUUUUCUUUCACAUACUAGAUGUCCAGGCAAGAAUGGUAAACGGAGUACAGAAUAUACAGAAUAAUCCAUUAAAUUAUGACUCAGUCAAGGUAUUCCUCUGGAAUGGAAAGGUGUCAUUCAUUACCAGAAUGUUACCAAAAUGUGGCAUAUAUUUUCAAUGCAAGUGCGUUCCAGCCUCAAAUGAAUACAAUACAGAAUGUUUUUGAAAAUACAGAAAGGAUGUUGCACUUAAGAUAGAAUCGCGUUGUUCCACCAAUUAGGUGCCUUUUAGGUGAGUGGCAAGGCCUACACAUUUUUUAGAUACCCCUGCCCGAGGUAGAACAAAACACAACCAUGUUUUUUCACAUCUCUAAUGUCUCACAUUUAUGAAAUGGAUGGUGGUGUAAAAAUAUUUUACUGCAAAAGUGGUUAAAUGUAUAGAUAUUGUGACACACCGCCUAAACUCAAAAAGUGCAGAAUAAUGCCUGGCUGGAGGGGGGAUGGGCUGCAUAAGCUCAUGUAACCCAAUAUUGCAAGCUCUGAUAUUGCAAAAAUGUAGAAUACAAAUAGUCAGUUGUCUGCCCUACAUACACAAAACAACAGCAUUAGGUUAUAUUAAUGCAUCUUGGAAAUAUAGACCUGUAAACACAGAGAUACAAUAUGAAGAAAUAUCAACUAUGAAUAUUUAUGAUGAAUGUAAGCUUUACUUUUUGGUGGAUGAUUAAUUGACAACUUUACAAGUCAUGGUCCUGCCUGAAAAGAAUACAUACACACUAAGGAAAGAGGGUUCCUCAAGGGUUCUUUGGGAAGGGUGAAGGUUCUAUGUGGAAACCACAGGAGGUUGGUGGCACCUUAAUUGGGGAGGAUGGGCUCGUGGUAAUGAUUGGAGUGGAAUCAGUGGAAUGCUAUCAAAUACAUCAAACACAUGGUUUUCAUGUGCUUGAUGCCAUUCCAUUUGCCCCGUUCCGGCCAUUAUUAUAAGCCAUUCUCCCCUUAGCAGCCUCCACUGGUGGAAACAUAAUGACUCAAAGAACCCUUUGAGCCCUUUGAUUGUCCUUUGCAGUUCACAAAAUAGUUAUUUACUCUUUUAGUGAUAAUUAAAAUGUAGGGAUGGCAGCUCAUUCGAAUAUUUUGAGACGUGGUUUGCACACAUCUCUUUUUGUGAGAGUAUCAUUCCAGUUUAUCUAAUCUGUUGUGUAAUGCCAUAACAUGUUAUAUAUGACCAUGGCCAGUGAUGGUGUCUUGUGAAAGAGUAAUGUAUGGCCUUGAUUAAUGUGUCAAUUUAGAACGGUUGACUAAAUCAGUGGUUCUCAAUUCUCUCCUCAGGGACCCUUAGCCAUUCCAGAGCUAGCAACCUGAUUCAACUUGUUAAUAAACACAAUAAUAACACCCAUGUAAUUUUAACAAUAUAAUAUGUCUACCUAGAAUACAAAAAGGAUCUACAAAGAACCUUUGAGAUUGAGAAAAGUUUCUUUAUAGAACCAUUCUCCAUAAAGGUUAUAUAAAGAACCAUAAAAAGGGUUAUAUAUAGACUAAAAAAAGGUUGUAACCAUAGUGGAACCCUUUUUUGGUGCUAUAUAGAACCUUUUUUUAAUGGUUCUUUAUAGAACCUUAGGAAAGGGUUAUUUAUAGCACCAUACAGGUUCCAUUUAGAACCUUAUGAUCAUGGUUCUUUAUAGAACUUUCAAAAAAAGUUUCUAUAUAGCACCAACAAGGCAUCCACUAUGGCUACAAGCCAAAGAACCCUUUUGGCACUAUAUAAAACCAUUUGUUUUCAGUGUGUACAGUUACACAUCUUUUGAUGUUGUGGCUCUAAGGAAAACAAGUGGGCUCAGACAUAGAAAUUACACUUUUGGGGUCCAAGGUUCCUUUAUCCCUUACUCUUGUAAUUUAGUCAGGGGGCUACCACAGAUUAUCUUUAGGGCCACCCUGGAUUUUGCCCAAAAUCCAUUAAGGCUGCCAUAAUACCAUUUGAUGGAGGUCAAAUCACGUGUAAAUAUGAAUUUUGUAGAACAGAAGCAUUUUUUUCAGAAUUGUGUACAGCACUCAUGCCCUUAAAGACUGUGUUGGGGUAAAUCAAUUUUAUUCUGAAUCCAAUAUGGCCAACAUAAUUACACUCAAACACCUACGCCUGCAUAUAAAUUGCCCUGGUUUAGUUUGUAUUGUGUUAUUCUGUCUUUAACACUAGAACUGCUGGGCCUCGACAGACCCCCCUUUAAGCUAAUGAGCAGUCAUUCUGACUCAAACAUUCUAACAGUCUAAUUAAUACAUUUCAUAUAUGCUGUCGCACAAAUAAUUGUUUGGUUGUGUUUAUGAAGGCCUUGGGUAACAUUAGAAUACUUUUAAAAAUUAUUUCAAAUAACACAAUAGCAUUUUCAUUAGUUUAUGUUACUGUAGGCUAUAUGUAAAAACACAGGAAAACACAGAAAAUACACAACAAUUCAAGUGUUCAAUAAAUGUUAUUUGUGGAGUGCCUUUGUUACAACUAUGAAACAGAGACCAUAUGUGUUGGAACACGGUAACAGCUUAUUUUUAUAAAGACAACAUACAAAUAAAAUACCCCAACCACCAAGACGCAUGGUCAAAUAAUGAAAACAUCAGUAGGCUAAACAUCAUUAUAAUCGCUAAACAUCAUUAUAAUCGCUAAACAUCAUUAUAAUCGCUAAACAUCAUUAUAAUCGCCAAGUGGCCUUGAUAAAUAGUGAAGCACAAAAGCAAUAAUGGUCAAUUAUUGUCAGCUGGUGCUUUUGUGUGUCAGUUGGAUUUCAUUUAGCUGUUAGCCCUUGUCCUAACAGUUGACACAAUGUCGCAAGUGUAGAGAGGAGUAGGCAGGAGGCAGUCGCAGGUUUAGAACUACUGAAUUUAUUAAAGCACCAUAGCUUAAAGCGGGACAAAACCCACAGUGCAAAAAUAUAAAGUACUCAGGAAAUAGUAGGAGAGAUUAUUCUCAGGAAAACAAGCAACAUAUACAAUGACCGACAAAGACAAAUGACAGAGGGAGUAUAUAUACAGUGAUAGAGUGGGGAUUGGAACCAGGUGUGUGUAAUGAUGACGAGAACAGUCCGGGGUUGAUGAGUGAAGGGCGUUUGCCAGCAGUAGGUUCGGCAGCAGCUAGAAGGCCGGCGACGCCGAAUGCCUGAGCUGGACAGGAGGGGGCGCCAAAGCGAAGGCUGGUGUGACACACACUUUCCAUAACUUUCAGUGGCUUGACACACUUUGACAAACCUUUGUUUGGUUGUAGUGUGUAAUAGUCUCCCGUUCUUUCUUUAUUGUGUCCCGUUGUCUUGUCAUUCUUCAGCACUGUUGUAGAGUACAAUGGCUGUGCAGGUGCCUUACUUUGCGCAAAGGGAGGAGCUCCCAUCUCACUUUGUUCAUGGUGCAGGCCACACUUGUUUUCUUUGCAAGCAACUUGUUCACCAAUGUCCAUGGUGAUAUCUCUCCCCUUGCCAACUUAAGGUUCCACAAGCCUCAUCACCACAUUCUCUGACACUCGCUCACCUGCUGCCCGAUGUGGAUGUUUUCCCAGAUAUUGAAAGCCAUUCAGCAUGUACAAUUACACACACUCUCACUGUGUAGCCUACUCCAAGUAGGACAGAGUAGACAGAUAAUACUGCUUUGGUUUGGUGGACUGAUACACAUGGUACAUAACAUUUUGAGGUUAUAAUUAGAAUGGAUCAAUACAUUCUUCAUUCACAAUUGGUGAUUACAUUAUUAUGCAUAGUUAGCUUCCCCUUGCUUAUCAACUCAUCCAUUCUCCCCAUCAUACUUUACUUUUAUUUCAUCUGUUGUUAUAUGUGUGAAAUUAGUGUCAGUAUAGUUUAGGUUCAGUUUCGACGCAAUUAUCAGGGUGAUUAUUAACUAUCGGGAGAAGGAGCGGAGCAGGCCCUACUCUCGGGAGAAGGAGGGGCAAUGGGGGAAAACCAUAAAACAAUGACAUGCCCUCCUAAAACAGUUUAUAACUCCAGUUCUGUUUGUGAAUAAAUAAAUAAUGAGUGGUCAAAAAUGACUGCUUUAGCGGUUCUAGUGUUAAAAGGGUUUCAUACGGCUCUUGGUAUGUCUAUGAGUGGCAAUGCCAUGUCUCUGUUGUGUUUGAAUAGCUGAAGCCAACUAGCUUUUAAAUGUGUGUUCAUGUUUUUCACGACAUAAGCACACAGUAGUGUAACCAAGUUACAGGAAAGCAACUUGUAAUACAAGUCAGCCACUCUAGUAGCGUAUAUGUACAGCUUUAACUGUAUCCCUAUUUUCCCCAAACUAAAUGUGCAAAGUUGAUUCAAAUUAGAGGUGACCAGGACAUGAGUGUGUCCUAACAGGGUGAGGCCUGACCAGGUUGCACAGCUAACUGGUCAUUCUGGGCAAGACGCAGCGACAAGGGCAGUAUCCUUCCUCUAUGACUGUCAGGGUAUACAGGGCUGUGUGGUGAUCAGUUUCCAUUUCUACAGCAGUUGGGUUGAGGCACUCAGCAGAUGCAGUUUGCAUGCCAACAAGAACCAUUGACUAACUGGAAUGUUAUCUCAGCCUGAAUGAUUCUGGAAGGUUAUCUCUGCCUAAAUGAUGCAGGGGAUACUCCAGUAGUGGAAUAGUUAGGCGUCUGGUUGUGAAGGAGAGUCUAUGAAAUUGCUGUCAAAAACAGACCUGCCCUUAGAUCUUUCCAACACCUAAUUGACCUGUGGCUGGAGUUAUUUAUGUUGAAUAUGGCAAAAAGUCCUUAAUGUGGCAUAUACUUUUAUAUUCCUUUGGAAGUCAGGUAGAGUGAUUAUUUGGCCGAUAUUUACUGUGGGUAGUUGGUUGUGAUUACGGUCUGGGGCAGGCCAAGGAGGAGAUGAGGAGAGUGACAUAACCUGUGAGGGUGACAUCAGGUUACCUAGAGGUUACUUAGAGUGUAGGUCAUAGACUGCGACUAUGAAGCAUUGGUCAUGAGGGACGUAGCACAGCUCCACACACAUAUACACUCAAAGAUGAUCCCUGGGCUUUGAUGGAAAGUAAAGGGGUUGCAGAGGUGGUGGAACUGAUCAAGCAGAGACCACUAUCUCACAGUCAAUCCCCAGCCACCAUACACGAUCACAUACAGCAUCUUUGUUUAAGUUUGACCGUCCUAAAGGGCCUCUUGUUUGCCAUAGAUGGCAUUAUGCCCUUAUAUGUUGGGAUUACUGAACAGUUUCCCACGCCAAUGCAUUAGUCACCACAGCAUGAGAGCUCAUUCUUCACAUACAAGUCCAGUUCAGGUGUCAUAUGAGCUGGCCAGCCCUGGGUGGUAGCAAAAUAGGUGCAUAUGAGGGCAAUGCAUGCCGACAGUUUCCAGAUGGCAUUUUGGCUGUUGAAUGGCCUCCUGACAUGUGGCAGUCCAGUUCCAUGGUUUCUCUGUCUCUAGUAACUGCCAGAGAGGGGACUGAUGGUGGAGUGGGCCUAUCGAGGAUAGUUCUGGGAGAUUCAGGAUGGCAUUGACAUUGGAGAGGUGUGUUGGUUCAAUGUGGUGAACACCUGCCUUAUGCGGUUGCAUCCCAAUGUCACUAAGUCAACAUGUACGGCAACUCCAGGGAAGACUGGGAGAUUCAAGAUGGCAUUGACAUUGGAUAGGCAGAAUUCCUAUGAUGUGAAGGCCCACUAAGUUGAUGGCAUUUCUUGUCAAUGAGUGUCAGGUUGUGUGGAUUCAUUGUAGUGAACACCUGCCUAAUGCGCUUGUCAUCAUGUGUGGUUGAAUCCUCCCCAUACACCAUAAUAUCACCAAGUCAACAUACAGCAACUCCAGGGCAGACAGCCAGGAGGGUGGACAAGACUUUUGGAAAAAAUAAAUAUGCCAGUUCAACCCAAACAGCAUAGGAGUGCACCAGAACAUCCCAAUGCGCAUCAUAAAUGCAGUGAGCCAGCAGAAGGUCAUGUUGGAUUCAGGCAGCCGUAUCGGACUAGCAAUGAAUCAAAGCUUACUUCUAAAUAAUAAGGUGACUUAAAGUGAUUUAAGAGCCCAAUCCUGGAGGCACAAGUUAUACCACAGUUGGUAUACCGCAAGUUGUAGAGCUAGGGAGAGGGUGCCCAUGGUUCUCUUUUCUUUCGUUGGAGCCUCUGAGUUGCCUCAUUGAUCCUCAGAUGCUCGUAACUUGGAAUACUUGGUGUUGCCAUGCCAAGAAGUCUGCUUCCUUUUUUAUAUCCAGACAAAGGUGUUUGAGUGUAAUUAUGGCAGGCGUAUUGGAUUACCAACAUGGUUGAAUUACACUAAAAUAGUACAGGUCAUAAGUACCGUACACAAAUCUGAAAGAUCUAAAACAUGUACAGUGAGGGAAAAAAGUAUUUGAUCCCCUGCUGAUUUUGUACGUUUGCCCACUGACAAAGAAAUGAUCAGUCUAUAAUUUUAAUGGUAGGUUUAUUUGAACAGUGAGAGACAGAAUAACAACAUAAAAAUCCAGAAAAACACAUGUCAAAAAUGUUAUAAAUUGAUUUGUAUUUUAAUGAGGGAAAUAAGUAUUUGACCCCCUCUCAAUCAGAAAGAUUUCUGGCUCCCAGGUGUCUUUUAUACAGGUAACGAGCUGAGAUUAGGAGCACACUCUUAAAGGGAGUGGUCCUAAUCUCAGCUUGUUAACUGUAUAAAAGACACCUGUCCACAGAGCAAUCAAUCAAUCAGAUUCCAAACUCUCCACCAUGGCCAAGACCAAAGAGCUCUCCAUGCAUGUCAGGGACAAGAUUAUAGACCUACACAAGGGUGGAAUGGGCUACAAGACCAUCGCCAAGCAGCUUGGUGAGAAGGUGACAACAGUUGGUGCGAUUAUUCGCAAAUGGAAGAAACACAAAAGAACUGUCAAUCUCCCUCGGCCUGGGGCUCCAUGCAAGAUCUCACCUCGUGGAGUUGCAAUGAUCAUGAGAACGGUGAGGAAUCAGCCCAGAACUACACAGGAGGAUAUUGUCAAUGAUCUCAAGGCAGCUGGGACCAUAGUCACCAAGAAAACAAUUGGUAACACACUACACCAUGAAGGACUGAAAUCCUGCAGCGUCCGCAAGGUCCCCCUGCUCAAGAAAGCACAUAUACAGGCCCGUCUGAAGUUUGCCAAUGAACAUCUGAAUGAUUCAGAGGAGAACUGGGUGAAAGUGUUGUGGUCAGAUGAGACCAAAAUGGAGCACUUUGGCAUCAACUCAACUCGCCGUGUUUGGAGGAGGAGGAAUGCUGCCUAUGACCCCAAGAACACCCUCCCCACCGUCAAACAUGGAGGUGGAAACAUUAUGCUUUGGGGGUGUUUUUCUGCUAAGGGGACAGGACAACUUCACCGCAUCAAAGGGACGAUGGACGGGGCCAUGUACCGUCAAAUCUUGGGUGAGAACCUCCUUCCGUCAGCCAGGGCAUUGAAAAUGGGUCGCGGAUGGGUAUUCCAGCAUGACAAUGACCCAAAACACACGGCCAAGGCAACAAAGGAGUGGCUCAAGAAGAAGCAUAUUAAGGUCCUGGAGUGGCCUAGCCAGUCUCCAGACCUUAAUCCCAUAGAAAAUCUGUGGAGGGAGCUGAACGUUCGAGUUGCCAAACGUCAGCCUCGAAACCUUAAUGACUUGGAGAAGAUCUGCAAAGAGGAGUGGGACAAAAUCCCUCCUGAGAUGUGUGCAAACCUGGUGGCCAACUACAAGAAACGUCUGACCUCUGUGAUUGCCAACAAGGGUUUUGCCACCAAGUACUAAGUCAUGUUUUGCAGAGGGGUCAAAUACUUAUUUCCCUAAUUCAAAUGCAAAUCAAUUUAUAACAUUUUUGACAUGCGUUUUUCUGGAUUUUUUUGUUUUUAUUCUGUCUCUCACUGUUCAAAUAAACCUACCAUUAAAAUUAUAGACUGAUCAUGUCUUUGUCAGUGGGCAAACGUACAAAAUCAGCAGGGGAUCAAAUACUUUUUUCCCUCACUGUAUAUACAGGUGAUUAAAACACCAUUUAAUGGUAUUGUGGCAGCCAUAUUGGAUUUUAGACGCCAUAAUGGAUUUGGCCCCAUAAAGUAAUUGCAAGAGGCUGAACAUCCAAUCCACUAAGGUACCUUUGAUUGAAAAUAAAUGACAGUUUUCACUAUCUCAGCCCGGAGCCGAUUAAAUUACAGUAGCCAUAACAAAAAAACGUGUAACCAUUUGUUUUUGUCAGGCAGAACCACACACCACUGAAUGAGAGCAAAUUUGACUUGGACAUUUUUUUAUUAAUGAGCUACCAAAAAGUAAAGCAUACAUUCAUCAUACAUAUUCAUAGUUGAUAUUUCUGCCUAUUCUAUCUCAGUGUUUACAGGUAUAUAUUUUCAAGAUGCAUAAUUUUUUGUAUUUAUUUUUUUACCUUUAUUUAACUAGGCAAGUCAGAUAAGAACAAAUUCUUAUUUACAAUGACGGCCUACCAAAAGGCAAAUGGCCUCCUGAGGGGAUGGGGGCUGGGAUUUAAAAAAUAAAUAUAUAUAAAUAUAGGACCAAACACACAUCACAACAAGAGAGACAACACAACACUACAUAAAGAUAGACCUAAGACAACAACAUAGUAUGGCAGCAACACACGACAACACAGCAAGGUAGCAACCCAACAUGAAAACAACAUGGUAGCAGCACAAGACAUGGUACAAACAUUAUUGGGCACAGACAACAGCACAAAGGGCAAGAAGGUAGAGACAACAAUACAUCACGCGAAGCAGCCACAAUUGUCAGUAAGAGUGUCCAUGAUUGAGUCUUUGAAUGAAGAGAUGGAGAUAACACUGCCCAGUUUGAGUGUUUUUUGCAGCUCGUUCCAGUCGCUAGCUGCAGCGAACUGGAAAGAGGAGCGACCCAGGGAUGUAUGUGCUUUGGGGACCUUUAACAGAAUGUGACUGGCAGAACGGGUGUUGUAUGUGGAGGAUGAGGGCUGCAGUAGAUAUCUCAGAUAGGGGGGAGUGAGGCCUAAGAGGGUUUUGUAAAUAAGCAUCAACCAGUGGGUCUUGCGACAGGUAUACAGAGAUUACCAGUUUACAGAGGAGUAUAGAGUGCAGUGAUGUGUCCUAUAAGGAGCAUUGGUGGCAAAUCUGAUGGCCGAAUGGUAAAGAACAUCUAGCCGCUCGAGAGCACCCUUACCUGUCAAUCUAUAAAUUACGUCUCCGGAAUCUAGCAUGGGUAGGAUGGUCAACUGAAUCAGGGUUAGUUUGGCAGCUGGGGUGAAAGAGGAGCGAUUACGAUAGAGGAAACCAAGUCUAGAUUUAACCUUAGCCUGCAGCUUUGAUAUGUGCUGAGAGAUGGACAGUGUACUGUCUAGCCAAACUCCCAAGUACUUGUAUGAGGUGACUACCUCAAGCUCUAAACCCUCAGAGGUUGUAAUCACACCGGUGGGGAGAGGGGCAUACUUCUUACCAAACCAUAAGAUAUCCUAAUGAUGUUUGUUUGUGUAUGUAGGGCAGACAACUGACUACUUGUAUUCCAAAUGUUAGCAAUAUCAGAGCUGCAAUAUUGGAUUACAUGAGUUUAUGUGGCCCAUCCCCCCUCCAGCCAGGCAUUAUUCUGCACACUUUGAGUUUAGGCGGUGUGUCACAAUAUCUAUCAAUUUAACCACUUUUGCAGAAAAAUAUUUUUAAACAACCAUCCAUUUCAUAAAUGGGAGACAUUAGAGAUGUGAAAAAAUAUGGUUGUGUUUUGUUUUACCUCGGGUACGGGUAUCUCAAAAACUACAGCCCUUGUUGAGCAUUGGUCACUAGCCUAUUUUGAGGAGUGUACUGUAACUUGGUGAUUAUUUUAUUUUUAUGAUUAUUUUUAUUUCACCAGAUUUUAACAUUCAGUCAUAAAGAGCACAUGUUCAGCUUAACUAAAAACAUGUUUCCAUCUCAUGAGGUUAUUAAGUAAAAAAAUGACUAUAGUAAGUGCCUAUUAAGUACCAAAUAAAGUAACAGGGUUGAUCGUAACAGGGUGGACGGGGGGAAUGGAAGCUUGUUGUGUGUAACAGGGCCUGGCAGUUGAAUGCAAGCUUCACCAAAAAAUUUAAAUUGUGAAAACAUUUCCAGCCUAUCUAUCUACAGUAUGGGUAACAGGGUUGACGUGUUAUGCCGACCCGCUCAAUUUUCUGCCACAAAACACCAGAAAAUGGCCAAAAAGAGUAGAACCAGCUCACCUGCUUUGACACUAUGAUUUGACUAUUAGAUGUUCAAUGUUUCUUUAGAAAAAGUAUUAUUUAAAAAGGAAUGGUUUCACCAUAUUAAAACGGGAGUUCAGUUCAGGUACCAGGGUUGACCUUAAAAUGAGUGACAUACAGCGGGGGAAAAAGUAUUUAGUCAGCCACCAAUUGUGCAAGUUCUCCCACUUAAAAAGAUGAGAGAGGCCUGUAAUUUUCAUCAUAGGUACACGUCAACUAUGACAGACAAAAUGAGGAAAAAAAAUGCAGAAAAUCACAUUGUAGGAUUUUUAAUGAAUUUAUUUGCAAAUUAUGGUGGAAAAUAAGUAUUUGGUCAAUAACAAAAGUUUCUCAAUAUUUUGUUAUAUACCUUUUGUUGGCAAUGACACAAGUCAAACGUUUUCUGUAAGUCUUCACAAGGUUUUCACACACUGUUGCUGGUAUUUUGGCCCAUUCCUCCAUGCAGAUCUCCUCUAGAGCAGUGAUGUUUUUGGGCUGUCGCUGGGCAACACAGACUUUCAACUCCCUCCAAAGAUUUUCUAUGGGGUUGAGAUCUGGAGACUGGCUAGGCCACUCCAGGACCUUGAAAUGCUUCUUACGAAGCCACUCCUUCGUUGCCCGGGCGGUGUGUUUGGGAUCAUUGUCAUGCUGAAAGACCCAGCCACGUUUCAUCUUCAAUGCCCUUGCUGAUGGAAGGAGGUUUUCACUCAAAAUCUCACGAUACAUGGCCCCAUUCAUUCUUUCCUUUACACGGAUCAGUCGUCCUGGUCCCUUUGCAGAAAAACAGCCCCAAAGCAUGAUGUUUCCACCCCCAUGCUUCACAGUAGGUAUGGUGUUCUUUGGAUGCAACUCAGUAUUCUUUGUCCUCCAAACACGACGAGUUGAGUUUUUACCAAAAAGUUAUAUUUUGGUUUCAUCUGACCAAAUGACAUUCUCCCAAUCCUCUUCUGGAUCAUCCAAAUGCACUCUAGCAAACUUCAGACGGGCCUGGACAUGUACUGGCUUAAGCAGGGGGACACGUCUGGCACUGCAGGAUUUGAGUCCCUGGCGGCGUAGUGUGUUACUGAUGGUAGGCUUUGUUACUUUGGUCCCAGCUCUCUGCAGGUCAUUCACUAGGUCCCCCCGUGUGGUUCUGGGAUUUUUGCUCACCGUUCUUGUGAUCAUUUUGACCCCACGGGGUGAGAUCUUGCGUGGAGCCCCAGAUCGAGGGAGAUUAUCAGUGGUCUUGUAUGUCUUCCAUUUCCUAAUAAUUGCUCCCACAGUUGAUUUCUUCAAACCAAGCUGCUUACCUAUUGCAGAUUCAGUCUUCCCAGCCUGGUGCAGGUCUACAAUUUUGUUUCUGGUGUCCUUUGACAGCUCUUUGGUCUUGGCCAUAGUGGAGUUUGGAGUGUGACUGUUUGAGGUUGUGGACAGGUGUCUUUUAUACUGAUAACAAGUUCAAACAGGUGCCAUUAAUACAGGUAACGAGUGGAGGACAGAGGAGCCUCUUAAAGAAUAAGUUACAGGUCUGUGAGAGCAAGAAAUCUUGCUUGUUUGUAGGUGACCAAAUACUUAUUUUCCACCAUAAUUUGCAAAUAAAUUCAUAAAAAAUCCUACAAUGUGAUUUUCUGGAAAAAGAAUUCUCAAGAAUUCACAUUUUUUUUCCUCAUUUUGUCUGUCAUAGUUGAUGUGUACCUAUGAUGAAAAUUACAGGCCUCUCUCAUCUUUUUAAGUGGGAGAACUUGCACAAUUGGUGGCUGACUAAAUACUUUUUUCCCCCACUGUAUAUAUAUUUUUAACUUAAAAUGAAUCUCUAAUCACAUUAACAAAAUAAUAAUCUUCAGAAAGUACUUUGUAAAAGCAACAAAAUAACUAGCUAGGGCUUUACAAUGAUGGUGAAAACCUGGAGAAAUGUUGUGGUAAUGGGUUCAAAUCUUCGUAGAAGUCACAGAGGAUGCACAGAGGGACAUGUCAAGAUGUAGAAUUUUGGCACUUUAGCAAGUCUUUAUUCAUUUGAAAAAUCAGAUGUAUAUAAUUUCCAUGUGGUCUAUUUUAAAGGGCACUUCAUUUAAUAUAACAGGCUUUUAUAUUAUAGGCACAAUUUCUACUUAAAAUAAUCAAAGGCACUCAUUUCGUGGAACGACCCAGCUGCGGAAGAAAGGUAGACAGACAAAAAUAUACUUUAAAUCAUGGGUCGGUAAUGUCCAAAACUGGAUUGCGAGUGAUUUAUUUUGUCCCCCUUAAGAUUUUAGAAAAAAAUUGACAAAUAAAUAAUAGUAAUUGUUAAAUCACCAGGAAUUCAGCUAAAAAUGUGUUUAAUUUAGGAAAAUCUGUUCUCAAGUAUUCCCACAAAUAAAAAAAUAGAUAUGUGAUCGUGUAUCAAUGUAGUUAAGGUAUGAAACUAUUGUUAUUUUCAAAUACAAUCUCUUUUUGGGCUUAGUUGUGGUCAAUUUGCAGUGUACAAAUUAUUAUAAUUAUGUUCCGCCCCUCCGACCAUUCGCUCUGACAAAAAUCUGGCUGCGGCUGAAUCUAGUUGCCUACGCUGCUUUAAAUUCUCAGUUAAUCAUAUCCACCCCUGUCAUCUAUAUGCAAAUGACACCAUCAUCUAUAGCACUGCUCCCACGCUAGAUGUGGCAUUUCUCAAAUUGCAGAAAGCGUUUAAUUUUGUCCAACAUAACCUCUUUCAGCUCAAAUUGGUCAUAGAUUUACAGAAAACCAAACUAAUGGUAUUUUUAAGAACAAGAAAGCAAUACCCUACUCUGCCUCAGAUAGUCACUUUGCAAAACAAGCCAAAUACUUGGGAUUUCACCUUGAUGAAACUCUGUCUUUUAAGCUCCACAUUCAACAGCUCACUAAAAAGCCUAAACGUAAGCUGGCAUUUUUCUUUAGAAACAAGUCUUGUUUUUCAUUUCAAGCUAGAAAAGACCUUGUUGCAGCCUUUUUUUUGCCUUUGUUUGUCUGAGGUGAUAUUCUGUACAUGAAUGCCCUGGGGUCUUACCUGCACACACUAGAUACACUUUACCAUGCUGCUUUAAGAUUAGUAAACAACACAACAUCUCUUACACAUCACUGUACCUUAUAUCAGUUAGCAGGAUGGCCAUCCCUAACUGUAAGGUGACAGGCUCAUUGGUAGGCCUACAUGUUUGUCUAUAAAUCCAUUUUAGGGCAGCUGCCAAUAUAUUUAAGCACUUUACUCACCCAACAGAGUCAUGGACAUUACCGUCUGAGAUCACAGAACUGUAUUUGAAAUAAUGUUCCCAACACAAGAACAGAGUUUGGUAAGAGUGCUUUUAGCUUUGCUGCCCCAUCAUCUAGGAACACUUCGCAAAAGGACUUAAAACAAGAUCAUUUCAUUCUGAUUUAUGAUUUUAAAUCCCAGAUUGGAGGGCUGUUGACCAUAGAUUGCACAUUAAACCUGCUCUUUUAAGUUAUCUUAUGCACUUCCAUUCAUAGUAGCUUUAUGUUGUGUUGUGUUGUGUCGAGUGGUGUAGUGCUAUUCUUUUAGAUGAGGGAGCGCAAAGUUACAUUUUCUUUGACAUCAUAAUUUCCUCAAUCAAAGUUUGUACUGACAGAUGUAGCCAAUUAUAUAAUAAUAUAAUAUAGAAUAUGCAUAAAAUGCAUCCUCCAAUUGCAAUGUCUGCCUAUGCCUACACAUAAUGUCUCAAUACAUUUUAGAAUUUGUAAUACUCUCAAACACCAAGUUAGGUAUAGGCUACCAAAUUGGUGCAUUCACCUUAUGAUAGCCAGUGGGACAACCACUUUACACCAUUGGGGAACAAGUCAUCACUGUCAAUCGUGAAUGAAAAUGGGAAUUUAAUGGGAAUAUGCAUUUAGAUUGUCUUGAAUGACUGUUUCGUGAGUGAAUAAGAGCAAAUGGUGUUUACAAACUAUUAGCCUUUCUUGUAUUUUGUUUCAAUCAAACCAUAUAUUCUGCCUAGUGGCGCACUCUGUUGAGUUUUGGCGCAUGAGAAAAAGAAUGUGACUAUUCAACUUCAGCUAACCAUCCUAAAAUAUCAUUAGACAUGAGGAGGUGUUUUUGGUGUAACAGUAACGUUAUAGGCCUACUAUGCUAUGGUAUUAUAUUUGGUUCUGUUAUGUAAAAUGCAAAUUCAUCAUUAUGUGAUCUUGCGAGACACUGAUUCAGAUUUGAUCUCUAACUUUACUAAAAGUUAAAAGGAAACUCCCCAAAUACAGGUGUGCCAAGCAUACAGAAGAAGUCUCGAGGCUGUAAUGUCUGCCAAAGGUAGUCAAGGGUCCGAAUACUCAUGUAAAUGUGGUAUUUCAGUUAUUAUUAUUUUUGGGGUGUCACGCCCUGACUCAGGGGAUGUUUAUUUGUUGAGUCAGGGUGUGUAUGUUCCGUGUUAAGGUAUGUUGUGUUGUGCUGCCUUGGACUUCACGUAUCGUUUGUUUAUUGUUUUGUCGUUGUGUUUAUUCGUUAAUAAACAUGUAUGCAUAUCAUGCUGCGCCUUGGUCUGACCCGUCUAUAAACGAUCGUGACAGAAGAUCCCACCAAACGAGGACCAAGCAGCGUGCCCAGGAAGAGCGAAUAGCGAUGUCACAGGUGGGCAAAUGGUGGUCAUGGGAGGAGAUAUUUGCAGGGAAAGGGCCAUGGGCAAAGGUAGAUGCCCAGGCAGGAGAGGAGCAACGGCAGCACAGAGGAAGCCGGUCGAGGAAGAAGCCAGAGAGACAGCCCCAAUAAAAAAUGUUGGGGGGGGCUAAGAGGGUGGUUGGCGGAGCCUAGUGUUAGAGCAGAGCCAACUCCCCGUACUCACGCGAGGACGCGUGUGACUGGGCAGGCUCCAUGUUAUGCGGAGCUACGUACUGUGUCGCCAGUGUGCCGGCACAGUCCUGUACGUCCUAUGCUAGCACCACGCACGUGUCGUGCGAAGAUGGGCAUUCAGCCAGGACGGGGUGUGCCGGCUCAACGCUCCUGGUCUCCAGUACGCCUCCUCGGUCCCGCAUAUCCUGCGCCUGUUCUACGAGCUAUAUCGCCAGUGCGCGUGCACAGCCCAGUGCGUCCUGUGCCAGCGCCCCGCAUGUGUAGUGUGAAAGUGGGCAGCCAGCCAGGACGGGUUGUGCCAGCUCUCCGCUCCAGACCUCCAGUCCGCCUUCGCAGUCCGGUCCGGCCCGUUCCUGCUCCUCGCACCAAACCAGUGGUGCGUGUUCCCAGCCCGGCCCGGCCUGUUCCUGCUCCUCGCACCAAGGCAGUGGUUCGCGUCGCCAGCCCGGUCCGGCCUGUUUCUGCUCAUAGCACCAAGCCAGUGGUGCGCGUCGCCAGCCCGGCCCGUUCCUGCCCCUCGCACCAAGCCAGUGGUGCGCGUCGCCAGCCCGGUCCGACCUGUUCCUGCCCCUCCCACCAAGCCAGUGGUGCACGUCGCCAGCCCAGCCCGGCCUGUUCCUGCUCCCCGCACCAGGCCAGUGGUGCGCGUCGCCAGUCCGGUACGGCCCGUUCCUGCUCCCCGCACCAAGCCAGUGGUGCGCGUCGUCAGCCCGGUCCGGCCCGUUCCUGCUCCCCGCACCAAGCCAGUGGUGCGUGUGUCCAGUCCGGCAUGGCCCGUACUUGUUCCACCGGUGCCUGGUCCGGCACCGGUCAGCUGCUCCACUCCGGAGCCAGAGCAGUCCGCUCCACCGGUGCCCAGUUCAGCUCCGGUCAGCUGCUCCACUCCGGAGCCAGAGCAGUCCGCUCCACCGGUGCCCAGUUCUGCUCCGGUCAGCUGCUCCACUCCGGAGCCAGAGCAAUCCGCUCCACCGGGGUCCAGUCCAGCUCCGGUCAGCGGAUCCACUCCGGAGCCAGAGUAGUCCGCUCCACCGGUGCCCAGUUCAGCUCCGGUCAGCUGCUCCACUCCGAAGCCAGAGCAAUCCGCUCCACCGGGGUCAAGUCCAGCUCCGGUCAGCGGCUCCACUACGGAGCCAGAGCAGUCCGCUCCACCGGUGCCUGAUCCAGCUCCGGUCAGCGGUUCCAGUCCAGACCCAGACGUCAGCCUCUCUCCAGGUUCGGGGUCUCCCACACCAUGGUCCAGACAGGGCUUGGUACUUCGUGGGAGGAAGGAGAGGGGAAGCAACGCGCCGAGGUCCAGACCUGACCAGGGGCGCAACAGGGAGGCGGAGAAUAGGUGGUGGUCACGCCCGGAGCCGGAUCCGCCUCCGAGGCGGAAUGCCCACCCGGCCCCUACCCUGUUAUGUUUAUGUGGCGCGGUCGGAGUCCGCACCUUUGGGGGGGGGGUACUGUCACGCCCUGACUCAGGGGAUGUUUAUUUGUUGAGUCAGGGUGUGUAUGUUCCGUGUUAAGGUAUGUUGUGUUGUGCUGCCUUGGACUUCACGUAUCGUUUGUUUAUUGUUUUGUCGUUGUUUUUAUUCGUUAAUAAACAUGUAUGCAUAUCACGCUGCGCCUUGGUCUGACCCGUCUAUAAACGAUCGUGACAUGGGGUGAAAAUUGCACACAAAAAAACUGCUUUUGCUUUGUCAUUAUGGGGUAUUGUGUGUAGAUUGAUGAGGGGAAAAAACAAUUUAAUCAAUUUUAGAAUAAAGCUGUAACAUAACAAAAUGUAGAAAAAGUCAAGGGGUCUGAAUACUUUCCGAAUGCACUGUACCAAGCUAAAACGGGCCCUGUGUAGGCUAAAUAUCCCAAGGAUGGCUACAGCAACUUCCAGAGAGGGGCAGGCUCCAUGGUCUUUGCGGUGGCCACUCUGGUUUGGGUGUCCUCGGCAGAACGAUGUUGUCAUAAGUAAUUGGUCACAUAGUUCUGGGUUCCACUUCGCAAGAGGGGGUCCGUGGAGUUUUAUGAACAUAAAGGCAGACACACAGUGAAUUUUGAUUUGUAUUCAAUGUUCUGAUUGGCUAAAGUGGUCAAGCCUCCGAAUGGCCUCCGCAGUGCACACACACCUAUAGUUCUUCAUCAUUCUCGCCACCAUCAGAAAAAAGACGGGGAAGAAAUCACCAUUUACCUACCUCUAGGCUACUAUACAUAUUUAUUUGGUUUGUCAUCCUAUUAUUUUUCAUGGAAUUUUAGUGGUAAUUAAAUAUCAUUUAUUUAAAAUGUAUCCAAAUUAAUUGUCCAGAAAUAGGUUUCCCAGCUCCGUGUAUUCUCAAAUUGAAAAAAGUGAGCAGCUCCUCCGCGUUCCGGCAGCACUACACCCCUGGUUGUGUCUCGUGUAACUAUAUGUAUGUGGCUUUCUUUGCCAGGGCUUGGAAAAUAGAUGUAAAUCUCAAUGUGGUUAAAUAAAGGAUAAAUACAAUUUUGUAAAUAAUAAUCUCCCCCUGUAGGACCGCGCCCCAUACCCCAACAAACGGCUCACCGCCACCACCACCCUGACCGUAGACGUGCUGGACGGGGAUGACCUGGGGCCUAUGUUCCUGCCCUGCUCGCUGGUCGACAACACGCGUGACUGCAGCCCCCUCACCUAUCGGGCCCACAUCCUGGAGCUCACUGACCCAGUAAGUGUUACUGCAGACCAGCCCCAGCUCUAG